CUGGACGGACGCAACGUCUAGCAGUACGGCGCUGACCUCUCUGUGAUAAAGAUUGUUCUUCUCUAGUGUUCAACUCUAGCAAAAUGAAGCUGCUCUUGGUAGCGUGCGUGGCGCUGCUGGCCGUGGUGGCCGUGCAGGCAGACAAGCUGCCCUCGGCGACGCCCGAGGAGAUAAACGACAUCCUCGCGACCCGCGAGAAAGCUAAGGAGUUCGUCGAUUGCGUCACGAGACCCAGGCGCUGCAGGGACGCCCGUGCCAAGGAUAUUGCUCGAAUUGCGCCAGAGCUCAUCCGCGUGCAAGGUAAAUGCAGCCGAGUCAAGGGACUUGAGUGCUCAGCCGACGACGAGCGCAACAUCAAGAUUGUGGUGAACACACUGAGCACCAAAUAUAACGACCUCUACCGACAGCUCAUCACGGACGCCGCUAACCCUGGACGCGGUUAGGCGAGGCUCUCGUUGAAGGUAAAUGCGACGCUUCAGACAAGAAGGAUCAUUGGAGGAGAACGGAAACUUGCAAGGUUCGGCUGAGUGCACACGAAGCGUUGUGGUAAACUUCAUGGCUAGUAACGUAUUCUUAUUAUUUAAUCUCAUCCUCACUAACAACUGUAAUGUUAAUUCCUAAGCAUCAAAUCACCAAUCACACAAAACUAUACAGGGCAAGGUGCUCCUGAGGUGGCAUGAUAAACUGGCUAAAGUAUCAACGAACAAAUUUAUAUUUGCGGAAUCAAGUGUUAACUAAGUAAGCUUCGUAGUUUUUACGGAUGCGAAAGUUAAAAUCUUCGAGAAUUUGGGAAAAUACGCACAAUCUCAAGCUUAUGCAAUAUCUAUCCAUGCAAACUAUCGCCAAAUCUAUUCCGAGAUCUAUUGCAGAUCUUUCCAACAUCGAAUGUGUUUUUGUUUGUUAAGAGAAAAAUGACUUACGUUUGAGGCUAUUACUCGUAAGGCAAAAUAAACUACGGCCCAUAUUAUCUGACCUUGAACGUUUUGCGCCAACACUUAUCUGGCAAUGCAUAUCUUUGGAUAUAUAUUAUAAUGAUCUCAAAUGAGAAAAUUAUUUUAUUUCUGUUGGUUUUCUUCGGAAAUAUUUACAAGCUUCGUUUGUUAGCGAACGUAACUAAGUGUUGAACUCAUAUCUGUGAUACCUUCGGAUUUAGUUGAUGAAUUUAUCGGGCACUUUUCAUGUCGUUGGAUUGUGAACGAAUGAUAAACUAAAUUAAUGUAAUACAACACCCAUUCAAUCGAAAAAUUUUUUUUAUCAAUUUGAUGCACUGUCAUCUUAAUUACUUCUAGAAAUGAUAAGACCUCUUAAAGUAUCUCCUUAAAAUGUGAAAAAAGUCUUGCUCAUCUUUUUGGAAAUUUUUAAAUAAAUU